AUGCCCUCCCUCCUACAUAGUCUAUUGCUUCUGGCUGCGACAUGGUUAUCAUGGAGGCUGAUCCGCUGGUUGUUUAGCAAGGAUCCGCUGCGCAAUGUUCCUGGUCCUCCUUCGAAGUCGUUUCUGACCGGUGCGCUGGAUGUUGCACUAAACUACAGUCCCGUCGUGCGACUCAGCGGCCCUUUUGGCAGCUCGGCAUUGUAUGUAGCCGAUCCACUCGCACUGCAGGCCAUGUUUGUGAAGGACCAGGCUCUAUACGACCAGUGGGAUGGCAUUCUCAGGCGAGCCUUCACGAGGCAUGGACGGUGUCUAUUCCAUAAUUCUCAUGGAUCACCGACAGGAGAGCAACACCGUAGACAGCGCAAGCUGCUGAAUCCGGCGUUCUCGACGAACCGCUUGCAUACGAUGCUGCCGGCAAUUUAUGAGACUAUGCACAAGCUUUGUGAUGCAGUCGGCUCUCGCAUCAGUGCGAAACCCCAGGAGGCUGAUAUGCUGCACUGGCUUGGACGUGCCUCCCUUCAGAUGAUAGGCAAGGGUGGUAUGGCCCAUUCAUUAGACAUGCUUCUCGAAGAAAGACCCAACAAAUAUGCAACCGCUGUGAAAACUCUAUUAGCGGCAAUGACGGAGCUCAGCUGGCUACAAUACUUGCUGCCGAUAUUUACUCCCUUAGCACCUCCAGCCGUAUGGCGAAAGGUCCUGGAUAUGCUUCCAUAUCGACCGAUGAGGAACAUGCUUCAUAUCAUGGACACAUUGGACAGCAUGGCGGAGGAGAUCUUCAACGCGAAUAAAUCAAGGCUGCAGGGCGAAAGCUCAUAUAUCGCUGUCUUAGUGAAGGCUCACUUGGAGGAAUCAGAGGACUACAAGGUGCCCGAGGAGGAGGAAAUCGCACAGAUCAUUGCGCUGGUGAUUGCAGGGAUGGAGACUACGUCCAACACGACAGGAACGGUAUUGGAGUACCUCGCUCACAGGAAAGACUUGCAGGAGAAGCUUCGUAGCGAAAUUCUCGAGGCCAGUAACGGUGAAGACUUGCCAUAUGAUACGCUUAUGCAAUUACCCCUUCUCAACGGCGUGUACCGGGAACACUUGCGACUUGACCCGAUUGCCCCACUCGCCAUGCGGGAUGCCUUGGCGGACACUGUCCUUCCCCUUUCAAAGCCUGUUCGCGGGAUCGAUGGAACACUUUUACGUGAAUUGCCUAUUGCAAAAGGAACGAAGAUUAUCAUCGGCGUGCUCGGAUCCAAUACGAACAAGGACGUGUGGGGGGAUGACUCCCUGGAGUUCAAGCCCGAACGCUGGUUGUCAAGAGAGUCCUCGACCAUGUCUGAUGAAGAUAUCAGCAUCCCUGGAAUGUAUGCGAAUUUAAUGACAUUCGCUGGUAGACCAAGGUCCUGCAUUGGGUUCAAGUUCGUUGAACUAGAAAUGAAGGUCCUGCUAUUAAUUCUCCUCUCGACCUUUACAUUCGAGCAGACGGACACGCCGAUCAUGUGGAACGCCGCGCCGGUGCGAUAUUCCUCUGUGGGGAGAGAGAGCGACCAUGCGGAGUUGCCGAUGCGAGGGGGCUGGUGCAGGAUAUAUUGUGACGAUGAUACAGAGCAUAAUGGAGAUUCUUGUACAUUGCGAUUGUAA